AAUGCAAAAAUGCUCCAGUCACAAUAUUCUUUCCAAAAGCGCGUUUCAAUACGCGCUGGCAUAACAGUGAUAGAUUCUGUAAAGGUAAAGUUUCUCUACUUACUUCGAUUCCAACGCCAUAAACAAUACGAACUUAAACCUUUCCAGCAAACUAAUAACAGGAUGAGCCAGAUGGAUAUUGAUGCAACGCCAAAAACACUAAACAAGGGCAAGAUGAAAAUGCUAGACGUUACAUCUGAAUUAGACAAUCUACCUUGGGUGGAAAAAUACAGACCGCAAACUUUGGAUGAGUUAGUAUCUCAUGAGGACGUUACAACAACUCUCGAGACAUUCAUCGAUCAAAAACGGUUACCCCAUUUAUUAUUUUACGGUCCACCCGGUACAGGUAAAACGACUACAAUUCUGGCAUGUGCACGCAAACUUUAUGGUGACCGAUUCAAGUCCAUGAUCUUGGAGCUCAACGCCUCAGACGAUCGUGGUAUUGAUGUCGUUCGUCAGCAAAUCAAGAACUUCGCCAGUACUCGCAAUAUUUAUAGCAGCGCACAAGGCAAUUUUUACAAACUGAUUAUCCUCGAUGAAGCCGAUUCUAUGACCACUGUGGCUCAAGCAGCGUUACGUCGCAUUAUCGAAAAGUACACGAAAAAUGUACGAUUUUGUAUUUUAUGUAAUUACAUCAGUAAAAUCAUUCCAGCUGUACAAUCGCGUUGUACCCGUUUUCGAUUCAGCCCCUUGACGAUCGAACAAGUGGACUCAAGGUUACAGAGGAUUAUUGAUCAAGAGAAUGUACAUAUUACAGAAGACGGCAAAAAAGCACUUUUGCAAUUGUCAAAGGGAGAUAUGCGAAGAGCAUUGAAUAUUUUGCAAGCUUGUCACGCAGCUUAUGAUCGAAUUGACGAACAGGCAAUUUAUCAUACGACAGGACACCCUCAACCACAAGACAUUGAAAGAAUGGCGAAAUGGAUGAUGUCUGAAGAGUUUACAACAGCUUUUUCAAACAUUGAAAAAUUGAGAAAGGAAUCUGGUUUAGCUUUAUCGGAUAUUGUGGCGGAAAUCUAUGGUUUUGUUCGUUUGAUUGAGUAUCCAACAGAAUCCCGCAUACUUUUGCUGAAAAAUCUAGCAGAGAUAGAAUAUCGGUUAGGUGAAGGAGGAAGUGAGCAAAUUCAAUUAAGCGCGCUUGUGGGUGCAUUUAAGCUUGCUCAAGCGAACAUUGCUACUACAUAAAUCAUUAAUGACAAAAGACAUCUAGCCAUGUAUUCAAACACAAGACUUAUGACUUAUCUUUUUUUUUUUUUUUCUUUUUAAAAACGGAAAAAA